AUGUUGACGUCCACGCGACGACUGUGUGCCGCCCCACCACGUGCGACGCGCUCGUUCCUCAGCAAUCGCCACGUCGGCGUCUCCCUCGUGGACAACGCACUGGCACCCGACGCGCCGUCGGACCCCUCGACACUGUCGUCUUGGGAUACGAACACCACUGCCAGUGAGCACAUCCACCGGCCCGUGACGUACCCCCUCCACAAGAUUAAAGUCGUACUGCUGGAGAACAUCCACCCGCGCGCAAAGGACGUGUUUGAACGCGAGGGGUACCACGUCGAGACGUACAAACCCGCGCUAUCGGGCCAGGAGUUGGCCCGCAUUGGGGGCGACGCGCACGUUUUAGGCAUCCGGUCCAAGACGCAGCUCGAUGCCGAGUUCUUCCGGACCAUUGGCUGGCACGCGCACCGGUUGUGGGCGGUCGGGUGCUUUUGCAUUGGCACGAAUCAAGUCGCGCUCGCGGACGCAGCGGCCACGGGCAUUCCCGUGUUCAACGCCCCGUUUUCCAACACGCGGUCGGUCGCCGAGAAGACGCUGAGUGAGAUCAUUGCACUGCACCGGAAGCUCUUUCUGCGCUCGACCGAGCUGCACCAGGGGAUCUGGACCAAGUCUGCCACCGGCGCACACGAAGUGCGGGGCACGACGCUGGGCAUUGUUGGCUACGGACGCAUUGGCUCGCAAGUCUCGGUGCUCGCGGAGCUUUUGGGGAUGAAGGUGGUGUUCUAUGACCCGAUCAAGUGUCUCCCGCUUGGCAACGCCCAGCAGGUGAACUCGCUGCAGGAGCUGCUGAGUAUGUCGGAUGCCGUGACUCUCCACGUGCCAGCGACGGCAGCUACGAAAGAGAUGAUCAACCGGGAGACGAUUGCCCAGAUGAAGCAUGGAGCACUGCUGGUGAACAAUGCUCGAGGUAGCGUCAUUGACAUUGACGCAGCCAAGGAGGCGGUCGAGAGCGGCCAGAUUGCUGGCAUGGCAGUCGACGUGUUCCCCAAGGAACCGGCAAAGAACGGAGAGCCGUUCGAUACGCCCUUGCGUGGGUUGCCAAACGUGAUCCUCACGCCACACAUUGGAGGCAGCACAGAGGAGGCCCAGGGCAACAUCGCCGUCGAAGUAGCUUCCAAGCUGGUGCGGUACAUCAAUGAAGGCUCGACGACAACAUCGACCAACACGCCGGAGAUCGACAUGCUUCCGAUUCGCAACAACUCGAUGCGGAUCUUGCACAUGCACCAGAACGUGCCCGGUGUGCUGAGCAAGAUCCACGCGGUGCUUUCCGACUACGGCAUCAACGUGACGUCGCAGUACUUGCAGUCAGACCCUCGCCACGGCUACAUUGCACUGGAAGUGGAAAAGUUCCAUGCUAAGGUGGUAAAGCGCGAGCUUGAAAAGAUCAAGGAGACGAUUUUCCUGCGGACGAUUAUCUAA